UCUGUGUGGUCAGCGAACCGAAGCAUGGGGUCCUUUGACUCUCCGUUAUUUACUCGCUAACGUUAAAUGAUGAAAAUGCUGUGUCGAGUGGGGUGAUAUGGUCGAUAUUUGCUGUUUAAUUUAAUUUAACUGUUUUUAAAAACGGAAAUACUAGCUUCUGCGUAACAGCGAACUCUUCUCUGUAUCCUCAUCUCCUCGACCAGCGUCCUGUGAACACUGCUAGCUAUGAUGUGAUUAUAAAUAACAGCCGUCGAGGGAAGUUAUAAUUGGCAUUAUCAUAGCUGAAUGGCUACAAUAGCAGCUUGUCUGCCUUCAUUUAACGCCUGCAUGCUGUUAUUUCGAUAGCCAAUUGCGUCGGGAGGAACCGCUAAGCUAUAUAGUCUUGGCGGAAAUAGCCGAAGAGACUGCAUCCACAGCACCGUAGUUCACGUCCGAAAACAUGUCUUUCUUCAAUUUUCGGAAGAUAUUCAAGUUGGGCCCUGAUAAGAAGAAGAAGCAGUAUGAACAUGUUCAUAGAGAUGUUAACCCAGAGGAAAUAUGGAAUAUCAUUGGAGAGCUGGGAGAUGGAGCCUUUGGGAAAGUGUUCAAGGCUCAGAACAAGCAGAACGGGACCCUCGCUGCUGCCAAGGUUAUUGACACAAAGACGGAAGAUGAAUUGGAGGAUUACAUGGUAGAGAUCGACAUUCUGGCCUCCUGCGACCACCAUCACAUUGUCCAAUUGCUGGAUGCCUUUUAUUUUGAAGGCAAACUUUGGAUUCUGAUUGAGUUCUGUGCGGGUGGUGCAGUGGAUGCCAUCAUGCUGGAACUGGAGAGGCCCCUGACAGAGCCCCAGAUCCGCGUGGUGUGUCGGCAGACCUUGGAGGCCUUGUCUUACCUCCACGAGAACAAAGUCAUCCACAGAGACUUGAAAGCCGGGAACAUUCUCCUCUCCUUGGAUGGAGAAGUGAAACUGGCUGACUUCGGGGUAUCUGCUAAAAAUACCAAGACGUUACAGAGAAGAGAUUCUUUCAUCGGCACUCCGUAUUGGAUGGCCCCGGAGGUGGUAAUGUGCGAAACUUCCAAGGACCGUCCGUACGACUACAAGGCCGACAUCUGGUCCCUCGGGGUAACCCUGAUAGAGCUGGCGCAGGUUGAGCCACCCAACCACGAGAUGAAUCCCAUGAGAGUGCUGCUGAAAAUAGCCAAGUCCGAGCCGCCCACACUCAUGCAUCCCUCUCGCUGGUCAUCAGACUUCAACGACUUUCUGCGGAAAGCACUUGAUAAGAAUGUUGACAAUAGGUGGGGCACACUACAGCUUCUACAGCAUCCUUUUGUCACCAGUGUAACUCAUAGCAGACCUCUCAGAGAGCUCAUAGCCGAGGCCAAAGCUGAAGUCACAGAGGAGAUUGAGGAUAGCAAAGAGGAAGAGGAGGAGGAAGAGCCUGAAACACCUCUGGCGGCUCCUGGGCACAAGCGAGCGCCAUCAGACGCCAGUGUGGCCAGCUCAGAGGACGACAAAGUCCCAGUCACUCCCUCCACGCUGGAAUCUGUUACAGAAAAGACGGAGGCAGAGCCUGCUGAGGACCGGACCAGUGAUAAGCUCUCUGAUGAAGGACUUGGAACAAGUGAGGUAGACAAGACUGAGGAGGAGAAACUAAACGAGGUGUCUGAUGCCAGUAAUGAAGACCUAGCCUCUGGGCUAAUCGAGCCCAGCAAGGACUUUAUCUCACAAGAUCCUACAGAGUCAACUAAACCAGAAGAAGGUCAAGCUGAAGAGAUCCCCGCUGAGCCUGCAGUAUCACAGCCAGACGAACCUGUAGAUACAGCAGAUACACAAAAACUUGUCAAAGAUGCCGAAGAAACAGAGAAGGAACAGGAGGAGACACAAGAAGAGAAAAUAGAGGAUGUUCCUACCCAAGUAAUAGAAGGAGAAGGAGAGACUGAGGAGGUGAAAGAAGAGGAAGAACAAGACGCUGGUACAGAAGAAUCCAGAGAACCACAACAGAAACCUGAAGAUACACCAGAAGAACCAAAAUCCAUAUCAGCAGAAGUGGCACAGGCAGAAGAAGAAAGCAAAGAGCCGGAAGAGGAGACACCUCAACACAAAGUGACAGAGGACAGAAUAGAAGAUACAACUAAUGGCACAGAUGUAAAUAUGGACACAAAGACUAUAGAAUUAAACGUAGUGGACACAAGCAUUAAUGGAGACACGGACACAAAGUCGAGCGUGGAUGAGUCCUCCGCUGAGGUUCUGUGUGAAAAGGAGGCCGCAGAGAGGCAGCCAGAGGAAAAGCCUGAGGAGGCAGAGCAGCCUGAACCAGAGAAGCAGACCACGGGGGAGGUUCAGGAGGAACAGGCCCCAACUGAAUCCACAAAUGGAGUCAGCGAUGAAGUCAAAGACACCUCUAAGGAUUCAGAACAAGUGGUCCCAUGUAAAGAUGUGAAGGAAGAUGAGGAGAAAGCUACUCCCACAGAUGAGAACACUUCUCCAGAUGCUGUCUCUGUCCCGGAAAGUGAGACAGAUUCAGAAAGCAAGAUCGAGCAUGGAAGCCCCGCUGUGAUCAAGCCGGAUUUGGAGAAGGACUCAGACUCUGGAAGCAGCUCUGCUGCUGAUAGCAACAGCCUUGAACUCAAUCUGUCCAUCUCCAGCUUCCUGUCCAAGAGUAAAGAAGGGGGCUCUCUGUCUAUGCAGGAGUCAAAGCGUCAGAAGAAGACUAUGAAGAAGACCCGUAAGUUCAUGGUAGAUGGUGUGGAGGUCAGUGUGACGACAUCAAAGAUACUGACAGAUAACGACACCAAGAGCGAAGAGAUGAGGUUCCUGAGGCGGCAGGAGUUGAGAGAGCUGCGCUUCCUGCAGAAAGAGGAGCAGAGGGCCCAGCAGCAGCUGAGUAACAAGCUGCAGCAGCAGAGAGAGCAGAUCUUCCGGCGCUUUGAACAGGAAACUGCUGCUAAGAAGCGUCAAUAUGACCAAGAAGUGGAGAACCUCGAGAAGAAGCAGAAGCAGACCAUUGAGCGACUGGAACAGGAUCACACCAGCCGGCUCCGAGACGAAGCCAAACACAUCAAAGCCGAUCAAGACAAGGAGCUCUCCAAGUUCCAAAACAUGCUGAAGAACCGGAAGAAAGAGGAGCAGGAGUUCCUACAGAAGCAGCAGCAAGAGCUGGACGGAGCUCUGAAGAAAAUCAUCCAGCAGCACAAACUGGAGAUCACCACUAUUGAGAAAGACUGCCUGAACCACAAGCAGCAGCUGAUGAGAGCUCGAGAGGCAGCCAUGUGGGAGUUGGAGGAGCGCCACCUGCAGGAGAAGCACCAGCAGCUGAAGCAGCAGCUGAAAGACCAAUACUUCCUGCAGAGACACCAGCUGCUGAAGAGGCAUGAGAAAGAGAUGGAGCAGAUGCAUCGCUACAACCAGCGGCUGAUAGAGGAGAUGAAGAACAAACAGACGCAAGAGAGGGUUCGUCUGCCCAAGAUUCAGCGCAGCGAGGCAAAAACCCGCAUGGCCAUGUUCAAGAAGAGCCUCCGCAUCACCGCCACCGCGUCUGUUACGCCUGAGCAGGAGAGAGAGAGGAUAAAACAGUUUGCUUCUCAGGAAGACAAGAGACAGAAGAACGAGAGGCUCCAUCAACACCAGAAACACGAGAACCAGAUGAGAGAUCUGCAGCUGCACUGUGACUCAAACAUCAGGGAGCUGCAGCAGCUACAGAAUGAGAAAUGCCACCUUCUGAUUGAACAUGAGACCCAAAAGCUGAAGGAGCUGGACGAGGAGCACAGCCAGGAGAUAAAGGAGUGGAGAGAGAAGCUCAGACCCAGGAAGAAGGCGUUAGAGGACGAGUUCACACGGAAGCUCCAGGAGCAGGAUGUCUUCUUCAAGAUGAGCGGCGAAUCCGAAUGCCUUAACCCCACCACCCAGAGUCGAGUAUCCAAAUUCUACCCCAUCCCGAACCUGCACAACUCUGGUUUAUAGCCUUUGUGUCUAUCUGUGCUACGAAAACAACAGACAUCCUGUCAAACUUGGCUGCGUUCACCGACUUCCUGGUGGAGUGACAUCACUUCUCUGACCGUUACGGCUAAAAAUGUCUUCACCGCUUAGAUUCCACCGUUAGUGAGCAUGACGUGCCUACACACCGUUCCCUCACUUUAUCAUAUUUUUCUCAUCUUGUUGGGAAAUGUCCAAUGAUAAUAAUAUGCACUUUUUUUGAGCAUGUUCAAAUUUGAAACGCCUGCAGUCGGUAGCGAAGGGCCAAUCAUGUUUCAUCAGAGUUUUGUAAGCACAGCCUGCUACAGUACGAGCGAUCUCCAGUGCCUCCUAUGUUCUUUUCUGCAUUUAAGCCCCUCCCGGUGUUUCAGGGUAAAUAAAGCGCGCGCCCCCCCCCCCCUGAAUGUCUUGCACUUAAAUAACCGGUUAUCUUUUCCACACACAAUCACAAGAUGUUGAGGGAUUUCUAUUUUUUUAUCAUUUCACAUAAACAGGUGAUCAAGACGACUCUGAGAUCUUGUGUUGCUGCAUGUAAGGUAGAGCCAGUUCGAGGGAGAUGUGCUGAUGAGUUAAAAGAAAAAGUCUGUACUUUGUAAGACUGUUGUGUCGUCAAAAAACAGUGCCGUGUUGGGAUUUAAAGGCUGUGAGUUCAAAUGAAGAGGAUGUACUGUGUUGUGUAUGAUGCGCUGAGUGAAAUGUUACAUGUGUGUACCUAGAUAUGAAGUUCAAUCAGAUACUGUGCUUGUCAUGAGGAUUUUACAAUUUUAGAACAAGAAUAUAUCUAUUGCUUUUGCACAUUCAUUUGAGUGCUGUACUCCCACUUAGUUAGACACAGAGGUGACCUGUUAUUAUAUAUAUAUAUAUAAUAUAUAUAUAUAAUAUAUAGAAAAGAAAUCACGGUGAAUGAAAACUAAAGGAAUGUAAAGCUUUUGAUUUGCACUGUUUUGUUAUGAGCUAAUUAAAAUAUAUGCAGUGGUAAAACUGUCAAUGUAUUUUUGACAGUGAGUCACCUUUGUCUCACCCAAUCCUAUUCAAACUCCAAACUAACUGAAUUGUUGAAAUUUCUUUAUUUUUACUGAUAAUUUUACUUUUUUCUUUUUCAAAUAUGCCCUUUAAGUAUUUUAUGAUCACAUCUAGUUUUCUAAACAUGUAAUCCUGAUAUAUCGAUGCUGUAAUCGCUCUUUUCUGUGAGCUUUUUUGCUCUUGUUGAGAAAAGUGUUGUGUGUGAGAGGUAAAUAAUGCUGUAUCUGUAACUGUAUGAGUGUCGAUGUGUGAGGAGACGUCCUUCGCUGUAUUUCAGGAACAAAAAGUAAUGAUGGUUUGACAAAAAGAGAUUUCAUGCUACGUGAUUAGUUUUAUUUUGUGACUGCAUAUCAUGUCAUCAUUUCUGUCUGCUGACAUUAACAUUGACAGUGUUUCAUCAUGAAUGCUGGGUUUUUAUUGGGGUUAUUGGAGACGGUCUUGUAAGAUGCACAAUAUGCCCCUUAGAUUCCAAAUAUUUUUUAUUUUGUUAAGUUACAGCAUUUGGAUAAGUUGUCCUUCUACCACAAUUAAUAUUCUUUUGAUGUCAGAUCAAAUGUAUUUAAAGUGUCUUCAUAAAUUGACAUUUUUUUGUUGUCAAGAAA